CUGGCUCGCCUGUCUGGGUCUCCCUUAAAGGCGCCGCGCCGCCGUCUGCUGCCGCAGAGCUGCUCCGGAGCGCCGCUCCUCCAACAUGCUGCCCAAACUUCGGGGCCUGGAUGACCCGGCGGGACGCGCUGCCUUCGCCCCGGUCAGAGGCCGGACUUUAACGGGCUGCGGCGGAAACUGAAAACGAUGCAGUCUCUGCCCAUGGAGGUGGGAAGCAGCAGCAGCAGCUCCGCUGGCUCCGUGGUCCAGGUUUGCUUCCCCAGCGCUCAAACGUCAGUGCUGGACAGUCUGAACCGGCAGAGAGAGGACGGCAGCCUCUGCGACCUCUCCAUCCACGUCCAGGGUCAAGUGUUCAAGGCCCACCGCUGCGUCCUGGCUGCGUCCUCGCCCUACUUCCACGACCAGGUACUACUGAAGAACAUGUCCACAGUCUCCAUCCCGGCGGUGAUGGACCCGCUGGCCUUUGAGAGCGUGCUGAGCUGCGCCUACACGGGUCAGCUCCAGAUGCUGCGCGAGGACAUCGUCAACUACCUCACGGUGGGCAGCGUCCUGCAGAUGUGGCACAUCGUGGACAAGUGCACGGAGCUGCUGAAGGAGGGCCGAGCCGCGGCAGCAGGAGGGGCGGGGGCUGUGCAGGAUGGAGCAGGUGGAGCUGGAGGGUCAGCCAACCCCGGGUGUAGCAGCAGCAAUGGUGACGGUGGUGCAGGUGGUGGCAUUGGAGCUGGUGAUCCAGGAAGUGUUGCUCAAGCCCAAGGUGGGGAGUCUAACGAACCCCAGCGAGCCUCAGUACCUCCCAGCCGCCCAUCAGUGAGCGAGAGCCAAUCACCCAGCAGCACCAACUACUUCAGCCCCAGGGAUGGCAGCAGCUUUGGGGGAGGUGGUGCACCUGCAACAGGGGCUUCUGGGGAUGGAGGCGGGGCUAGCAACACCCCCAGCUACUGUACUCCAUCAGGUGGGGAAGAAGCCUUCCUUAUAGAGGAAGAAGAGGAAGCUGAGGAGGAAGAGGAGGAGGUGAUGUACCACCAAAGGAAAAGAGGAAGUGCAGGAGGAGGAGGAGGCGGCAGCGGGAGGAGGAAGAAAAUGAGCUCAGUGUCAGAGCAGGAAGUCGGGGUCAGCGACAGCUUCGGGGUGUCUUCCUAUCAGGAUGGAGAGGACUCAGCACUACCGCUGCAGAAGCGCCCCACCUACAGCCAGCCCAGCAUCAUGCCUCGUAAACAGUGGGUGGUGGUGAAAACCGAACGCACGGAGGACGACGACCUGAUUGUAGUGUCCGGUGAGGAAGGAGGAGAAGACGAGGAGGACGAAGAUGAGAGGGAGAUGGAGCUGGCACGAGAGAGGGAGAUAAGCAACUUCAACAUCUCCAACGUUAGGAGCCUUUCGGCUGAGCUGGGGGGCAGAGCUGACGCUGACAUGGACUCACAGGUGGACUACUGCCAGUCCUCAGAAGACUACCUCAAGUUUGAAGGCAGUCUUAUGGACCAGACGUUAGCACAGCACCUUCACGACAGCGCCGCAGGUCAGAACCAGAACGCUAACCGUGCCGUUUCGGCGCUGCUGGGUCAGGUUCAGUCCGCAGCCUCGGCCCGGGCUCAGCUCUUCCCGCUGGACAUGCAGGGGAACCAGAUCCUGCUCUACAGCCAGGCCUCCGGACUCCCCCUGGAUGCUGGAGCGCCCCCUCUGGGGAUGGCAGGCGGUAUGAUCGGAGGAGCGUCUUUCAAAGGUCCCGGUAUGGAGCACGGUGCGGUCCACCUGUCGGUGCAGAGUGGUUUGGGGGUGGAUGGCACGGAGAGCGGAGGGAUCGGAGGUGGAGGUGGCAGCAGCAGCUCUGGGGCUUCAGGGAAAGUGUUUAUGUGUCACUGCGGGAAGACAUUCACCCACAAGAGCAUGCGGGACCGCCACAUUAACAUGCACCUGGACCUGCGGCCCUUCCACUGCCCCGUCUGCGCCAAGAAGUUCAAGAUGAAGCAUCACCUCACCGAGCACAUGAAGACACACACGGGCCUCAAGCCCUACGACUGCCUCGGCUGCGGCAAGAAGUUCAUGUGGCGCGACAGCUUCAUGAGGCACCGCUCGCACUGCGAGAGGCGCAGCGGGCUGGGGGAGAGCGGCGAAGGCGGGAGCAGCGGUGACGGAGGGAGAAGAGGAGGCGGUGAGGACGGCCCAGAUUUGAUUUCCUCCCCUCACCUCCUCCUGUCUGCAGGUGAGGGAGGACAGGGAGGCAUCCUUGGAGGUGGAGCCAGGGGAGGGGUGUCUGUUCUGUCGUCGCAGCACGGCGGCGUGUCCGCCGCAGGAAGCAGCAGCAGUAACAACAGCAACAUGGCUGUGGCGGGGGCGCUCCUAGGGGCGGUCUCUCAGAGCCCGGGUCAGGGUCCGGGGUCUGGGAUGUUCGGGGGUCUCGGGUCAGGUCGGGGUUCGUGUGAUGAAGACGUGUGUGAGGUCAGUGCCAAUGAAAGCAGCGUGACUUAAACCAAAGUGUGUGUCGGAUCCAGCGGGCGCCUCCAACACUUCCUGCUGCUCUUUAAACCACCAACACGCAGCGGCUCAGACACAGGUGAGUGUUCAGGUAGGGACAACACAGGUGAGGCUCCCAUUGGACCCCCCCCCAAAGACCUCCAGAGAAACGGGACUUUGAGAUUCCGGUCAGCUGUUUCUGAAACAUGUGGCUGUGCUGAUGGAACUUCCUGUUUUCUGCAAAGACUUCAAUUUGAAUCGACUGCAUAGGACCAGAUCUGUGUGUGUGUGUGUGUGUGUGUGUGUGUGUGUGUGUGUGUGUGUGUGUGUAAACCAAAAACGCUUCUCUAACUUCGACCUUCUGUGGAAACAUCAGAGUCUUCUAGAGUAUGAAAAUGGCUGUUUGAAAUGACUGUGACUUGUGUUGUGACAUAUUUGGUAUAACUGGAGUAAAAAAACAAAAAUCUGCAAAAAUUAGAGCUGAAAAAAAAAGUGAUUUUAUUUUCUUUAAUCUCCAAAGGUCACGACCUCUGACCUCUGAGCAGACCAAUCAGUUUGUGUCUGUAAAGGUUCCCCACAGCUUUGCCUCCUGCCUCAGACUGUCAGCACUGCCAUGUUGUUUAAAUGAUACCCCCCCCUCAGCUGAGAGAACAAUGAGCCCUGUGUAAAACACAGACUGUACAUAAAAGAUGGACACAGCCACCUUGAAGCUGUACCUGGUGAUUACUGUAACAAACUAAUAAUUUCAGAGCUGAAGCACAAACAUCUUUUACCCCAUAGUGAGAAAUUAUUUCUCUGAUAAUUCCAUUAAAAAUCUCCAAAAGGCACAAACACAGUUCAGAGGUCCAGUGACUCCACCUCAGUGCCCCCCAGAGCAGCUGGAGGAGAGGGCGGAGCAUCUCUGCUCAGACUGCUGCCCGUGUGGCUCACACCCCGACAGGCACCUUAAACAUGUUUACUUCAUCAUCUGCAGAGCCUCAGUCACCUUUGGAGGCAUACACAUUAACAUCCUACACUGGAUUCAUUUUUCAUGUUUGGGGUUCCUGCUUGGUGUAAACACAUAUUUGAUGAUAAACUGUGCUCAUCGAUGGUUUGGAAAUGACUGUAAACCA